AUGGCAGACACUUCUGAUUUCGACCCUACAAACGUCAAUUUGACGGAAGCAGACCCGACUGCCGUCAUUUGCUACCUGAACGCCGGCGGCAAUGACUAUGACGGUCGCCUCGGCGCCCGAACCUCGGCCUUGUUCGUCAUUUUUGUCGUGUCUACGGCCGCGACCCUGUUUCCCGUCGCCGCCAAGCGGAUUCGCCGGUUCCGCGUUCCCCUCUACGUCUACCUUUUUGCCCGCUACUUUGGUUCCGGCGUCAUCAUUGCCACGGCCUUUAUCCAUCUCCUGGAUCCUGCCUAUGAUGAGAUUGGACCGGCCUCAUGUGUCGGCAUGACGGGCGGCUGGGCCGAGUACUCCUGGCCCCCAGCCAUUGCACUGACGUCCAUCAUGGCCAUUUUCCUCCUCGACUUCUUGGCCGACUGGUUCGUCUCGCGGCGGUAUCAGCACGAGUCCCAACACGUCGACGUGCAAGGUGCCAUCUGCCACGAUACGCAGCAGCCCAACGAGAGGCUGCCGAAAAUUCUCACCCCAUCCAAUGGAGUCGACUCUCUGGAGGCCGACGACUUCUCCCUAGACGAAGACAAGAUUCAAGUCGCCUUUCGCGAGCAGAUUGCUGCAUUCCUCAUCCUCGAGUUUGGCGUCAUCUUCCACAGCGUCAUCAUUGGUCUCAAUCUGGGUGUCGUUGGCGAGGAAUUCAGCACUCUUUACCCCGUGCUGGUCUUCCACCAGAGCUUUGAGGGACUGGGCAUCGGUGCCAGACUCUCGGCCAUUCCAUUUCCAAAGACUUUUCGCUGGUUGCCCUGGGCAUUGUGCAUUGCGUAUGGUCUGACGACCCCGAUUGCCAUUGCCAUUGGACUGGGCGUGCGAGAGACGUACGACAGCGGUUCUUACACUGCCAAUGUCGUUUCAGGCGUGCUGGAUUCCAUUUCUGCAGGCAUCCUCAUUUACACUGGUCUGGUGGAAAUGUUGGCUCGAGACUUUAUUUUUGACCCUGCACGAACCAAGGACAGUAAGCGGAUCAUUUUUAUGCUGGCAUCACUUUAUCUGGGUACCCUAAUUAUGGCUUUACUCGGCAAAUGGGCCUAA